GGUGUCUGAUAUUGACUUCCGUUGAAGUAAACAUGUUGUGAUCUAAAUAUUUCCGUGUGUUUAUUGUUUGCUGUGGGAGAAUUUUCCCCUAAUUAAUAAGAUAGGUAUAUGGUUUUAAAAUGACAGCACCACUAGAGUUAAUAAAGUUUAGAGUGUCAUGGAAGAGCUGUAAUGUCUGCCGCGAUACCAUUACAUUCAAGUCUCCUCGAGAAUUCUGUCAGCAUCUCCGCGAUUUUCAUUGCUCCAAAGAAGGUGGCUCCUAUAUGUGUCAUUACGGCAUGAAUGGCGUGUGUCCUUCCCUGCCACUCGACGGCGUUAACGACAAGGAUUACGAUGACCACGUCGCCCGGGAUCACGUGUUUGGUGGUGAUGCGGGCAAAUGUGAUGCAUCCAGAAAAGCCAGUUGCAACACUACAUUACCAUCUUCUGUAGAAUGCAUCCUAUUGUCAAGUUCCGAGCCCAGUAUAGUGCAGGACCAAUUUAAGUGGACAGUUUAUAAGGCUUCGGUGAACCUUGCAGCUGUGCUUAAUGAUCCACGCCUCGCUAAACGAGAAGUGGACUUUUUCACCAAAACGUGGGGAAAUGACUUUGAAAAAACCUCCAUUUUACCAUCUGCUUACCUCCCUGAAAUUACAAUUGAGCAUUUCCAAAAAUACAUUAAGAAAACGACCUUGAGGCAUAAAAAACAUUUGAGGAAUCAGCAGCGAUUGUGUGAGCCACACAAGCCAAACCUUGAUGCAUUUCCUUCACAUAUCAAACAAAUAGAGGACAACAAAGCUGAACUCAGUCAAGUUCCCAAGCUAUUCCUGUUACCAAAUUUUAGUCUGGAGAAUCCAGACACAUUUAAUGCUGUGUUUCCAUGGACUCAGGUGGAAGAAUCGCGAACUCCAUAUCAUUCUGAAUCACACCCAUCAUCCAAGUUAUUACAGGAAAGGCUCAGUCAUUAUCUGGACAUAGUGGAGGUGCAGAUAGCUAAGCAGAUCUCGAUGAAGUCUGAAGCAUUCUUCCACGCCAUGACAUCACACGACGAACUCCAGGACCAGCUGCUUCACACCUGCCAAGCUAUAAAGAAACUUAGGGACAAAGUGCAGACUCUUGAUGCAAGACUAGCGGUUGGACCUUUAAAAAUAAUGAAUCGAACUAGAACACGAUCCAACUGUAUCCACUUACACAAUAAGUUGAAACUGAUGUCCACUAUCCACCAGACCCAACCCACGAUUCAACUGUUGUUGUCUAACAAUGACUUUGUGGGAGCUCUGGACUUGAUUUCAACAUCCCAGGAAAUCCUUUCCCAGGAACUAGCAGGAUUACACUCAUUUAGACAUCUGGGAUCCCAACUAGCUGAGCUAGAGAAACUGAUAGAGAAGAUGCUACAAGCAGACUAUUCCAAGUAUGUUACAUCGGAACUGAACCGUCCCUUCACAGAUUUGGAAGUAUUAAUGCAAGAGGAAAAACUAGUCUCAAUAAUGUUUGGUUUGUUACGACAAGACAAACUCAACUUUGUGGAUGUGUACAGAGAAGAAGCCUUUACUGCCUUGAAAGCCAUCAUCAAACAAACCGUGAUAGAAGCCGUGUCUGAAGCAGAUGAUAUUAGUACUGAAGGAAAUGUGGGCAGUCUUGCCGAUCAAAUGCGUCUACUCAGCUAUGGUCAGUGGAUGGACUUGCUCAGACGUAUAUUCCUCAAUGUAAUGAUUCUUCUGAGAAGAGCACAAGCAUUCCAUGGUAUUGUGAGUGAUGUGAUAGGAAUCGCAGCUGGUCGCACGAAGGUUCCUACCCCUGUGUCUUCUCCAACUCACGAAGGUCAGAAUCCUCUGGAGGAACCGAAACAUCUCAGCACAUCUGUAAGUGAUGAUGUUGAUGUUGUGAUAACAAAUGCAGACUUCGUUCAGCUGAGCAGUGCUCUGAAGGAAAUGCUGUGUAGUAUCUGUGAUAAUGCACACGAUCGAAUAGUCAAAGUAGUGGUGGCCAGAGCCAAGGAUGGUUUUCUUGAACGGCUUUCAUCAUCUGAAUUUGUGACGCUGUGUCGAGAGGUGGAAGGAUUUGUCGCUGACUGUGAAGGGGUCUGUGGUCGGAGAAGUAUGUCCCUUAGAGGCAGUCUUCAGAAUCAGGCUAAUAAAUUUGUAGCCAGGUUUCACGAAGAAAGAAAACAAAAACUAAGCUUGAUCCUAGACAAUGAGAGAUGGAAACAGGCUGAUGUACCGUCUGAAUUUCAAGAUCUUGUUUACCACAUAUCACAGUCAGAUAUACUGUCAUUGCCAGAAAGACGAGCAGAUUCAGAUCGCCGACCAGCAGAAUACAUUGUGGUUGAUGGUGAACAGUUUGCUGUGGUUGGUACAGUGCUGCUGUUGCUGAAGAUGGUUGUGGAGUACUGCCAGUGUCUGAAUGACAUCCCCACCGCGGCCCCUGACCUCCUCACAAGGCUUAUCGACCUGCUCAAGACAUUUAAUUCGCGGACGUGUCAGCUGGUACUUGGAGCUGGUGCACUUCAGCUGGUGGGACUGAAGAAAAUUACAACACGGACACUGGCUUUGGCUUCCCGAGCUCUUCAGCUUGUUGUGCACUUCAUGCCCCGAGUUCAGGAUCAUUUCCAAAUAAUGCUGCCACAAAGAAACCAAAACAUGAUGAAACACCUCGGCCAGAUUGUUAAGGAUUAUAAUAAUCAUAUUGAAGAAAUCUCCAACAAACUGGUCAGCAUUAUGGACAACAUGAUGGAACCUCUACUAUCAAAGUACGAAGUGAAAGCACCGGUGCCGUCUGUAUGUUUUAGAUCAAUAUGUAAACAAAUAGCCAAACUUCAUGAGGCUUUGAUAGAUGUUCUACCUUCCAAUCAAGUCAAAGACAUAUUUCUUCGAAUUGAUUGCUCCUUCAAAGCAAUUUUAGCACGGAAACUUUCAACUCUUGGGGUUUCCAAUGAUGGUGGACCUCAGCAUGGUCUGGUUACAUCUGAUCUUGUAUUCUAUGCUGGAAGUUAUCGGGCUUUGAAAGGAGUCGAAGAGCUGAGCGACAGUGUAAACGAUGUCUGGUUGCCAAGAUAACCUGAGCUAAUUAGAAUGUCAUCAGAUUAUUUUCUCAGAUCUUCUAUUUAUUCCAUUUGAUGGCUGUGAUGUGGACUGUCAUGACAACUUACUAUUUAAUCCGACAUGAUUAUUAUUGAGGUGUUGGUUGCCUUGAUACUGAACUGAGUCAUGACUUUGGGGUGUGGUACAUUUCAGUGUGACUGAUAAGAUAAAAUGAAUGUAUAUAGCAUACAGUUUCCUUUAAUAGAAUAUUAUUUGUUUAUUCAACUAUUUUUUUUUUUCCGAAUGAAUUAUUGAAAAACAGAUAUACCUAUUUAUUUAUUAAGCCAGUACUUUCUUACAAUGAGAAAUUUGGUUCACUAUAGCGAUCCAGAUCACGAUAUUAAAGAAUUUUAAACAUGUUCAAAGAACAUUGGAAAAUGUUUUAAUUGAGGUAUUUUAAAUCAAUGCAUGGCUUCCAUGAAAUCAUGUUAUAUUGUAUGAGGUAUGUGACUUGUUAUUUAUGUAACUGGUAUAAAUAGUACAGUGUGUUUUUCACCAUUACUGUUGCUAACGUUGCUGUAAUUACCAAAUAUUUCCUCAUUCCUUCAGUUUUUGUUUAUGCUGUCUGUGUGCCUUGCUGGUUUAAUCAACAAUUGGAUUAUGAACUUGAAUGUAUUUUUUUAAUGUAAAACCAUUGUGAGAUAGAAAAAUAUUAAAACUGUUUACAAAACAGUUCAUAUUCAAUAUAACCAAAUGUGCAGAAAUUUUUUACUUUUUAUUUCACUUAAUUUAUUAACUCCAGAAGAAAAAUUAUUCUUUCUUUGCAUUUAACCAUAAUUUAUUAUGUGUUUCAUGUCAUUUUAAAAACAAUAUUAAUAUCAUAAUAGUUAUGAUUAUUAUUGUCCAUGAUUUGAAAAUGUUCACAUUAAUCUUAAAAAAGAUUUCGUACAUAUAUACAGUAUUAUUAUUAUGUGAUUAUUUCGUUUAUGACAUUUUGUUAAUGAAUCUGUAACUGUAAUUAGUGCUAACCAACGAUCAAGGAAGUGUUUGUAGACAGUGGUGAAAUUUAAACUAAGCACCGCAAAACGUAAUCCUUUGAGACCAGAUUGAAAAACAAACGUUCUUAUUUUAGCAGCAGAUUUUAUGUGACCCUUCAGUGUUGAGAUUAAAAGUUUUGGGCAGUAUCUCAGUUGGAUACUAACAAUUCAAAAUCUGGUAUCCCACCUGAGAAUUUAGUAUCCCACUUAAAUGAAAUUCAUAAAUAACAUAACAAAUUUGGACGACACCGUUCUCGUUCCCAAUCUAUUGCUACACCGCAAUCAAAAUCGCAGAAUUCGUGAAAUUCGCAAUCAAAUGGAAUUGGCAAAAAUAUUUGCUGCAUCUAUUUUUGCUUAAUAUUGACAUAAAUUAAUAUUUAGCAGUAAUCAAUAAGCGUUUCUGACAUUACUAGCGAUAA